AUGACUAUAGCUUCAUCAUUUCAUACAAUGUCAAAUGGUUCCGGUUCAACAUCAACAAAUCCAUUUCUAUUACCUAAAAAUGAUUUAACUAUGGCUGAUAGUCAAUUAAUUGAUGUACUUUUACAUGAUCAAAAUAAUGAAAAUAAAAUUCAAAUUGUUAAUCGAUGGUGUAAAAAUUCACGCCAUAAUCGUUUAUCAAAUAUAGUUGAUGUUUCACAAAGAUAUGAUAUUUUAUUAUCACUUGUAAAUACUCUUCAACAAACAACAAAUACUGAAUAUCAAUAUAAUUGUUUAAAAUUUUUAUCUGAACUUCAAACAAAUAUUCAUCAUUAUGAUCAACGAAUUUAUCUUCCAGCAAUUAUUCAAUGUUUUUCAUCUACAUCAAAUGAUGUUCAAAUAUUAACAUCACAAUUUUUAAUUAAACAAAUUAAUACAACCGAUAAUAUUCCAACAUUUUUACAUAUAUAUAUACAUGAUGGUUUAAAAUCUCCAAAUAUUCGAAUAUGUAUUAAAUCUAUUGAAAUAUUAACUGAUUUAUUAACUAAAACUCAUAGUCAUGAAAAUAUAUCACCAAUAUUUGAAAUACUUCUUCAAUAUUUACAAGAUAAUAAAUUUCGUUUAAAUUAUAAUAAUAUUCUUUUACGAGCAAUUCAACAUAUUAAACGUAUAUUAGGUUUCGAUUUAUUAAAUACUUAUCUUGAAUCAUAUUCACCAACAUUAAAACGACUUUAUAAUACAUAUAUAUCUGAAGAAAAUGAUAAUGAUGAAGAAACACCAAGAGCAUCACAACAAGUAUCUCAUAUAAAAGAUUCAAAAGGAACAAAUGGAUUCCGUCAGAAUGGUAACAAUCAUUCUGAUAACAUGUUGUCAACGCAAACAUCUAUAUUAUCUGUUCAAAAAGAAAAGUCUGAUGUAUAUUCUCUAAUUGAAACUAUACGUUCAAAAUGGAUGUCAUCAAAUGAAACAGAUCGUAUUGAUUAUUUAGAUCGUUUGAAAAUUUCAUGUGAUAAAUAUUAUCAAAUAAUUUAUUCACAAUAUUCUUCAACAUCAGUAACAAAUAAUACACAAUUUUAUCAAAUAUUACAUACAUUUUUAACAUCUAUACUUGAUCUGUUAUCUUAUGUAACAGCAACAAAUCUUGAUUUAUCAAUUAAAAUAAAACUUGUUCUAUCAACAUGUCUUGCAUGGCUUAUUAAACAUGCACAAGAAAAUUAUUGUAAAAAAAAUUAUAAAACAAUAUCUAUAGUAUUUAAAAAUAUUCUUUUUAAUGGACAGUCAAAUAAUCGACAAUUAGCAAAAUUCAGUGUUAGUAUUAUACUUUUACUUGAAAGUUUUGUUCAUCCACAAUUAAUUCUUAAUGAAUUAAUCGAUGAUCAUUUUCAAUAUUAUAAUUAUCGUAUACAACUUGAAUUACUUGCUAUUGUAACAGCAACAUUUCUAAAAAAUCGUCAACAUAAUUAUGAUAAUAUAUCAAAUUUAAAUAAACAUUUACUUCCUAUGUUAAUAUCAAAUCGUCGAGAAUUACGACAUGGAGCUAUGGAAUGUUUUACAGUUAUAUGUAUUUAUUUUAAUGAUUAUAAACCAUUAACAUCAAUUAUAAUUGAAAAAAAUCAAUCAAUUAAAUUAGUUUUAUCAUCAAUUGAAAAUUUAUCACAUGAUGCAUUAAAUGCAUUUCGUUUUCGUUUACAACGUAAUUUACUUCCAUCAUUAACUGAUGAAGGAAAUAUUACACCCGGUUUAGUAUGUGAUGCAACAACAGUGAAUGAUCUAGAUGCAAAAUUUAUUUUACUUGCUAAUAAUAAUAAUAAUAAUGCAAUUCAAACAGCACAAUCUGAAACUAGCCAUGAAACAAAAUCAGUACAAUCUUCAUCAUCAAAAAUGCCGACUAAUAAUAAUAAUAAAUUACUUCAAUUAGCAAUGCCUCUUGUUGAAAAAAAGACAAAUACAAAUGAUACAGUAAUGCGAAGUCGUGAAAUACCUCCAUUGAAACCACCUAAUGUUGAUCUUGAUUCACAUCGAUAUACCAAUAAUAAUCAUGCGUAUGAAGCAGCUAUUAAUCCAACAGUUAUUACAACUGUGACUUCCGGUGGACCACCGUUUGAUUUUACUAUAACUGGUAAUACUAAUUAUCGUCCAUUGACAUUAACAGAAAGAGUAUUUGGAGAUGAUUGGGCAAAAAAAUUGUCAACAGCAAAUAGUCAUCGAAAAGAAUCAACAAACACAGUUCAACAACAAGAAAAUCAGCAUAACAAUAAUUUAUUACAAUUUCGUCCUGCAAUACCACAUCGUCCAGCUAUUGGUCGAUUUCCUGCAUCCCAUAAUAUCUUAGUCACAUCACAAAUUCAUAAUCAUAACGAUCAAAAGCUACCUGCACGUCAUUUUGAUUCAAAUACUGAUCAUGAUGAAGGUAUUGAUAGUGCAAUAGAUUCACGUUCUUUAUCAAAUAAGACAACACACGAAAGUAUACAUCAGAACAAUGGUCAACAAUCGAAAAAACCUAUUCGAUCAGUACAUAGUAGUUCAACAAGACGUAAAGUUAAUCGUUUAUUUAAUAAUGGUACUGAUAUAGAAUCAACAUCAGCACGAACUUUAACACCAGAAAAUAGCAACGAAAGUGGAAUUUAUUCACAAUCAGGACGCGAUACUGAAUAUAAUUCUAAUAGUUCUACAAGAUCAUUUGGUAAAGAUCAAUUGUUUUCUACUAAACCACGUCUUGCUCGUUCUGGUUCAAAACCUAAACUUGAUAAAUCACAAGUACUACCUUCUGAUCCAUUAUCAGGACAACAUUCAUUCAAUGAUAAAACUCGUCGAUCGAAUAAUUCCAAUGUUGAAGUAGUUGGUCGAGCUUAUACAGAUGAAAAACAUCCAACUAGAAGAUUAUCAAAUGAAUCUAAUGACGAUAAACAACAACAACCAAUUGUGAAUAAACCUCGAGCAAAAAUUAUUAAAGGAUCUGUAGUCGCCAAUCCUUCAAAUACAACAACACAAGCAAACAUUAAUAUUGAUGAUGAUUCUAAUCAUGAUGAUGGUCAAGAUAUUGGAGUUAUAGGAAAAGCUGUUCCUAUGCCUUUACGUACAAAUGCUGAAACAGAUAUAAUUCGAGUGCAAAAUAAUAAUGCAAUCAAUAAUAAAUUAAACAAACAAAGUGAUAAUCUCGAUACAAUGUCCGAUGAAUUCGAUAGUGAUUCGAAAGAAAAUGACAAUAUUGUUAACAUGGGUCAAUCCCUAUCAGCAUCAUUUCGUUUACGUGUUCAACAAAAAACUCAAGAAAAAAUUGAACAAAAAGAACGUCGUCGACAAGAUCGAGAAAAUCGUUCUCGUCAACAAGAAAUAAAUAAUAAUAGUGAUACUCCAUAUGAUAAUGAUAUUCCUAUAUCAUCAACAUCAACAAGUCGAUAUUCAUCUCAACCUGAUCUUACAACACUUAAUAAUGAUAUACAACCAACACCACGACGACAAAUUGAUCCAAAUAUUAAUUCAAUUUUACCUAAUUUUCCAUCACAACAUCGUUUUCGUGUUUCAAAAAACUUUAUGGCUCGUUCACAAACAUUUAAUAAUCGACGUGAUAUACCAGCAAAUGGACAACAUAUAGCAUUGAAUCGUCCAUUAUCUGAAGAUCGUAUAGUAGACCAAAUAAGAAAUCCUGAUCAUGUCUAUCGAGAAGCAAUGGAAUCAAUAUCAAACGAUGAUUGGGAACAAAAAUGUUCUGGUCUUAAUUUACUUCAAAUUCUUAUUGCACAAUAUCCUGAUACAAUAACACAAAAUUUACAUCAAGUUGUUUUAAUUCUUAUUCAAGAAGUAAAAAAUCUUCGAUCACAAGUUGCUCGUUUUGCUUUAUCAACAUUUUGUGAUAUGUUUAAAUAUUUAAAACGUAAUAUGGAUAUUGAACUUGAUAUAACUGUUAAAGCAAUCAUACAAAAAAGUGCAGAAAGUAAUGAAUUUUUCAGAUCCGAUGCUGAAAAAUGUCUUCAAAUGAUGGUGGAUAAUGUUACACUUCAAAAAGCAUUACAAGCAUUAAUAGCCGGUGGAGCAAGUCAUCGUAAUCCAGCUGCAAGAAAAACAUCGGCGAAAUGCAUUUAUCUUGUUUGUGAAAAAUUAGGUCCAACGAAAAUUUUAAGUGGUACUCGAGAUAUAACUGAACGUGUGUUACAAGUUGCUGCUACAUUUGCAUCUGAUGGACCACCAGAAAUUAGAUGGUAUGGUAAAAAAAUCUAUUAUAUGUUAAUGCCAUAUGAUGAACUUGAUUCAAUGAUGAAACACUUUCUUAAUCCAACUGUUUAUACAAAUAUGUGUGAAAUUCUUGAUAAUAUUCGAGCUAAAGGAGGUGUUGGUGAAACUCCAAGUGAAUCAGCAAGAAAUAAUGGUCGACGAGCUUUGUCAAAUGAUAAAUUAGGUUCAAAUGGAAAUUUAACAAAUCAAUUUUCAUCAACACGUAAAAUAAAUACAGCUGAUCAAGCAGAACAAGUUCGAGAUUUAACAAAACAAAUGCGUAGUUCAGAUUUUCGUGAACGUUUAAAUGGUAUUGAAGAAUUUCAAAAGUUAUGCGAACUUGAAACUGAUACAGCUAUACAAUCACUUGUACAAAUAUUUGAUGGUUUUAAUGAUUGUUUAGCUGAUAUGAAUUCUAAAGUUGUACUUAAAGCAUUAAAUACAAUGCAUCAAGUUAUACCUAUAUUAGGAGAUGCUUUAUCAAGUGUUAUUAAUUCAGCAUUACCUCUUGUUGCACAAAAUAUUGCAUCAAAAAAUCGAGAAAUAUCACAACUUGCAUCGGAUAUUAUUGAUACGGCUAUUGAAUAUAUUGAUUGUGGUGUAUUAAUACAACCAUUAUGUACACUAAGUCAAAAUAGCAAUCUUCGUAUUCGACCUGAAAUUGUUCUCAAAUUAGCUAAUCUUGUACCUCGCGUAUGUCAACGUAAACAAAAACAAGUUGAAAUUCAUCUAUUACCAACUUAUUGGAAAUUAUUAUCUUUAUUACGUGGUCAAAAUUCUACUACAAUAUCAACAUCAGCAAGUGGUUCUAAUAGUUUAAAUUCAUCAAUACAUGUAUUAACAAUGGCACUUUAUACAGAACUCGGUUCUGUAUUAAUUGAAAAAGCAAGUUCUAGUUCAUUAGUAACACCACAAAAUUUACAACUACUUCGUGAACUUUGCACAAAUAUCAGUACUGAAUGA